AUGGUCAAGGGUUGGAGAACGGACAGACCAUGCUGCCCGAUUUCGUUCACCCAACAGUGGAAGGUUCUGUUGGGUGAACAAAAUCUGGUUGACAACGUCGGUGGCAAGGGAGCGACCCACCAACAGUCAAAUGGUCCUGCGAACGGAGCUCCAACCCAACCGUUCAGUCAACCUGGGCGGAUGGGGUGGACCACAGUGCACAAACGGUCAUAUAACAUGGCCGUUCAGCCACUGUGGUCCACCCCAUCCUCCAACCAAUGGGUUGUAUCGCGGUUGGAGGAUCGUUGUACAUCCAGGAUGGUUCCAUAA